CCAUUGCUUGCGGGUCCAGCCCCCGGUUGGAGCGCUUGUCCUGUGGUCCGGAAGUGACGCGAGGAUAGGGUUGCAGGCUGGACGCCCUGUUCUCAGGGCCGCACCCCGAGGCACCCCCGAGCAGCAUGGCUCUCCUCCUCCUGCUCGUCCUCGUCUUCCAGGCGGAGAGCGGGGCUGAGAUUAACGCCGCAGAUCUGGAGAUGUCUUCGGUGCCAAAACCAACGAAUAUUCAAAUUAAGGCCCAUAACUUUAAUACUGUCCUAUCUUGGGAUUACCCGACCAUGUCAGAGACCCCUGUUUUUACCGUACAAGUAAAGAACUAUGUGGAAGCAAUAUGGAUUGAUGCCUGCAAUACCUCUCAUCAUUAUUGUAAUAUCUUUUCCACAAUUCGUGAUCCAUCACUCUCUCUCUGGGCCAGAAUUAAAGCUAGGCUUGGACAAAAAGAAUCAGCCUAUGUAGAGUCAAAAGAAUUUAUUUUGUGUAGACACGGGAAAAUUGGAUCACCUGACCUGAGCAUCAGAAAGAUGGAAAGACAAAUCAUUAUUGACAUAUUUCACCCUUUAGCUGUUAUAAGUGGAAGUGAACCUGUAGCCAUAUAUGGUGAUGAAACUUGUUACACAUUCAAGUACACGGUGCAUCUGAGAAUAGAUGGAAAUGAGAGCUCAUACAUAUCGGAUGUAGAGGAAGAUAAUUGCAACGAGACUCAGUGCCACCUAAUUGUCCCAGUGUCCUCACUGAAUUCUGAGUACUGUGCUUCGGUAGAAGGAAACUCUGAUUUCUGGGGGGUUACGACGAACAAGUCCAAAGAAGUUUGUGUUAGCGCUUUUGAUGCCAAACACAUGGAAGAUUCUGUUUGGGUUUUGGUUGUUGCUGCUGUCUUCCUUUCUGUCGUCGUCGUCAUAGUACUCGUAUGUUGUUACACGAAGAAGAUUAAUCCAUUUAAGAGACAAAGCAUCAUGUUACCCAAGUCCUUGCUGUCUGUGGUAAAAAAUGCCUCUUCAGAGACCAAAUCCGAGUCAAAAUGUAUAUCACCCAUCACCUACCAGCCAGUUGUCACAGAAAAUGAGAAGAUGGUCUGGGAAGAGCACUUGUCUCCAGCAACAAUUUCAGAUAUGCCUACCGCAGAUGAUCUGGAAAAAAUGGAACACCAUGCAAAACUUCAGGUGGUGACCCCUGAAGGAGACCUUUCUGACACGGCUCCUGAUAGCCCGCUGACCCCAGCCCUGACAGAGAAUUCUGUCCAUUCAGAUAGUAACCAGUCGGAAACCUGUGUUGUCGCUUUAAACUCCUAUCACUCCAGAAAUGGUUCCGAUAGUGGUGUCGUGGAAUCGCAGAGCUUAUCGGACUCAGAACUUCCCCCAAGUAGUAAACCCGAAAUAAAGACCGAAGGACAGGAGUCCGUAAUGCUGAGAAACACUACCACCUCCUUUGGCUAUGACAAGCCGCACGUAUUAGUGGAUCUGCUUGUGGAUGAAGGUGCUAAGGAAUCCUUGAUUGGUUAUAGACUUACAGCAGAUUCCAAAGAGUUUUCUUGAGAUUGAAGAAGAUGCGCCAGCUUUGAAGGAUCUGCCUUCCCCGAAUGGUGUUUCUGCUUCGACUUCAUGAAGACAUCAUGAUUUUAAAAGUUGUAUCUUUGUUGACAUUAACCAAAUAUAAUCGUAUCUUGGUUUCUUAAAGGGCAGAGAGUCUCCUUUGGCACUGUCCAAUUUGGCCUGAAAACUGCAAAAAGCU